CCGGCCCGCGCCCACAUCGAUCGACUCAUCGGCCCCCAGCCAACUGCAGACCAUGGGGAACGCCGCCGCCAAAGAAGCCGCCGCGCCCCCGCCGGCGCCAGUCAGCACCGCCAAGCAGCCCGAGACGCCCGAGCAGCCAGCGCAGCAGAAGGAGCCGUCCUUCCGCGUGCUCUCGGCCGACCAGCGCGCCAUCACGUUCGACGAGCGCGUGCACCUGCGCACCGGCGCCGAGGCGCGUGCUGACCGCGUGACGCUCGGGCUGGGCGCCAUGUCGGGCUUCCGGCCGCUGCAGCGCGCCGCCACGUUCGACCCGCGCCUGCGCUCGCAGAAGCAGCUCCUGACGGCGUCCGACGUGAUGCACCGCCGCUACUUCAACGCGCGCGAGCGGCGCGUGAGCCUGUCGAGCGCCGAGCGCAACCUGUUCCGCAUCGCCGAGGGCGAGCGCGAGCGCCAGGAGGCCGUCGUGGUCGUGGACCCGUACUCGACGGGCAUGACCAUGGCGCAGAAGGUCAUGGAGCGCGGCUACCUCUGCAUCUGCGUGUACUCGGACACGCUCGAGGUGACGCAGGAGCGCAUCGCGCACGUGCCCAAGGACCUGGCCUCGCAGUUCUUGGCCAUCAUCUACCACGACGGAGAGGUCGAGCGGAAGGACGAGGCGCGCGCGCUCGAGGACACGGCGGCCGCGCUGCGCCGCGUCAAGAACGUGGACAUUCUCGGUAUCUUUGCCGGUGCUGAGACGGGCGUGCUGCUGGCCGACAAGCUGUCGGAGCACUUCAAGCUCACGACCAACGGCACCAGCGGCUCGGCCGCGCGCCGCAACAAGUACCUCAUGGGCGAGAAGGUGCGCGCGGCCGGAUUGCGCGCCGUGGCGCAGGUGCAGGCCACCAAGUGGUCGCAGGUCGAGAGCUUCGUCAAGAAGGAGCUCGUGCCCAUGCUCAAGGGCGGAGACUUCAAGGUCAUCGUCAAGCCCGUGGAGAGCGCCGGCAGCGACGACGUCACGCUGUGCCGCUCGAUGGACGAGGUCGUGGCUGUGUGGGAGUAUGACAAGCGCGCUGUGAACGACGCGCCGUUCGUGUACUACGGCGUGCUGCUGCGCGCAGCUCCUGAUGAUUCAGUGCUGGCCAAGGUGGCCGACUACGUGCUGAAGGUGGUGGACGCGCUGGAGAUCGUGCACGGCCCUGGGCACGCGGAGGUGAAGGUGAUACGAGGCGAGCCGUGUCUUGUGGAGAUCGGCUCGCGCUGCCACGGAGGCUCAGGCUCGUACUUGCCUAUCGUGAUGCCCUGCCUUGGCUACAACCACGUGGAUGCUGCGUUGGACUCGUACCUAGAUGUCGAAGCGUUCGAGCGCCUGCCGGACCGCCCUAGGGAGCUCAAGUCGCAUGGCUGCGAGGCGAUGCUGGUGUCGUACGAGACGGGAAAGCUGGCGGGAUACCCAGGCCAGGAAGAGCUGGAGAACCUGCCGUCUACGGUGUCUACGAUGUGGUUCACGCAUGCUGGAGAGGAGCUGAAGACCACGGUGGACAUGUUCACGACGCCCGGCAGCGUCAUUAUGGUCCACGAAGACGAGGAGCAGCUGAACCGGGACUACGCGCGCAUCCGCGAGUUGGAGCACGAGGGACUGUAUGCCUUGGAGCCCGAAGAAGAAGUUGAGGCGCAGCCGGAAGGAGCUCGCGGCACGGUGGUGGUCGUGGACCCGUUCUCUACGGGUGCUGUGCUGGCACACGAGCUCAUGGUCCGAGGCUACGAGUGCAUUUGCGUGUACAGCGACCGUCUAGAGAACAUCGAGAGCGUGGCGAGCCUGGUCCCGGAAGGACUGACACUGGAGUUUGCGGCCACCGUUGCGUACGAAGGCAACUUGGAUCAGACGGUGAGCGCUAUUCGCAAGGCAGCCAAGCAAGUUGCGGACAGGCAGAACAAGAAGAAGCAGGGCGCUAAGACAAAUGCUGCGGUGUGUGCCGUCUUCGCUGGUGCUGAGCUGGGCGUUAAGCUGUCAGAUGCGUUGACGGAUGCGCUCGGACUGGAGGGCAACGUUUUGGAGCACUCGAACGCGCGUCGUGACAAGUAUCUGAUGGGCGAAACACUGCGUGCAACGGGGCGCCGUGUGAACGAUGCUGCGUUUGUGUACUUCGGCCUGUCCUUGGUGCCUGCAGAGGGCAUCGUCAACGACAUGAUCGACUACCAGUUCCAAGUGCUUGAUGCACUGGGCAUUCGCAACGGACCUGCUCACGGUGAAGUCAAGUUCUGCCGUGGUUCCCCUGUAUUGAUCGAGGUUGGCUCUCGUUGCCACGGUGGUGAAGGAGCAUGGGUCCCCAUUGCGAACACUUGUGUCGGCUACAAUCAAGUGUCAGCGGCCGUCGACAGUAUCUUAGAUGGCGAAGCGUUUGCCAAGCUGACCGACCGACCCAGGAAACUUCUGGCGUACGGCUGCGAGGCCAUGCUAGUGUCGUACAAGAACGGCGUGCUGAAGAGCACACCAGGCAUCGCGGAGAUCGAGAAGAUGCCCGCCUUCCUCAAGAAGGAGAUCUUCGUCGCACCAGGAGAUAACGUACGCCAGACGGUGGACAUGUUCACCACGCCUGGCAGCAUCAUGCUCACGCACAAGGACCGUGACGUGCUCGAGGGAAACCUUGCACGUAUUCGCGAGCUCGAGGUCGAAGGGCUGUUCGAGCUGGUUUAGACCAGUACAAGAACAAGAGCAACGUCACGCUUCGCGUGCACAAGUCCUGAGGCAGUGGUCGU